UCAUCGGUAGUUUGCGACAGUUCACGUUCUCAUUAUUUUUAUUUCGCAAUUUCGAGAAUAUCGACACAGUUUCAAUGUUUUAACAUACAAGUUCCCAAAAGUGAUCAUAUUAAGGAAAAAACAGAAUGGAUAAUCAAUAUUAUUACAAACUAAUGGCGAGUUACUUGUCCAAACGGAACUGUGAUGAGUCGUUCAUGAGAUACUUUUUCGGUAAGAACUCGUUAAAGAAAACACCUGAAGAGUUAGAACGAGCUGAUGAGAGAAAGAGAAGACUGCAAAGAGAACGAUCACGACGGUAUCGUGCAUUGAAGAACGCCCGGCGACAGCACGAGGGUGGUAAUAGUGGCGGCCGGGAUAGUGGAGAUAGCGACGGCAACGCACUGCGAACUAAAUCAAGAACGCUGGUACUCGAAGAAGAGUUCAGCGAUGGCGAUGAGCCGCCGACGCUGUGUGAUCUUAACUACGAAGAGAAGUGGAUCGGCGGUGGUGCUUCAGACUGUGCCUCUGACGAUAACUCGGCGCAUUCUGCCGCCGAACUUAAAGAAGCACCAUUAUCAACAGACGUGUCCCUCAGUCUAAAAGAGUUCUUAAGCUCACCCAAUGCCGAAUUGGACUACCCUACUGUACACAGCCUUAUGUUUCAUUGGCUGCAGACGUAACAUCAUCCCAUUUUGCCUACAAUGUUACAGGUUUUGUGUAGGAUUGGCUCAUAUCAUAUUAGAACUCAAAAUUCAAAAUUUUUUAAUAAUCUAAUGCAAAUAUGAUUUGUUGUAUUACAUUGUAUAUUAUUUUAUAUUGUAUUGGUUACAAAGUCAUAAGAAUUCAUGUGGUAGUAAUGCACAUAUCAUUGUAAUAUUUUACAACCAACACACAUCAAGUUGAUAAACCGUCCUGCUAUAAUUUUAAUCUGACUAAUUAGAGAAUAGUCUUUACAUAAUUUAGUUGUAACCCAAUAACUUUGAAUUUAGUGGCUUGAGGUUUUCUAGCCAUUUUUAUAGAAUUGCUUCCAACAUUAGUAUCACUUUGUGGUAUAGGACAUACUUUAGUAAAGCAAAUGUUUUGCUUACAAAUGAGUGAAUAAAAAUUUACUUCAUUAUUAUUUAUGCUAAUUUGUUGGCACAGUUAAAAAAUGUUUUGCUAUAAUUGACUGAUUUAUUUGCUGUAUCUGAGAAACUGAGCGGUUUAGCUUCCCUAAUUUUAUUAUACCAUUGAGAUUAUAAUUCUCAAUUAUGGUUGCAUAGAAUAAGAUUCAAUAAUGCAACAUAGCCUGGUGGCUAGGCUAAACUAGUUUGUAGAUUAUUCCACUAGACAAUAAGUUGUUAUUAAGUUGCCAUAUCCUAAUAUUUAGAUACUCAACUAUUAUACAUAAUUAUAUAUGCAUAGAGAAGUAUAGAGUAUAUAUAACUAUAGUUUGUGAUACAAAUGAAUUUACAUUUUGUGUGAAAUCUACAAUGUUAGUUGUAACAUUUAAUGUAAGUAACAAUAUACAACUGUUUUAAUACUAUUCAGUUGUAACAAUGUCUUUCAAGUCUAUUUCUGUUCAGUUUGAUUCUCAUAUUAAGAGUGUUUAUAUCAAAGUUAGCCAACAUUAACAUUAUCUAUCAAAUUUCAAGUUUAACAAGUUAAAUGUUUCUAAACAUAAUCUCUAAAUAUAUGUUCAGUGUUAAUUUCAUCACAACAUUGACAGAUAACAAUGUCUCUGGCUAUCCCAUUUGUUUUCCAGGUGGUUUAGUAUUUAUGGGUUUAAAAUUUAGACGGAUAUUGUACAUAUUGGUUGCUUCUUUGAUAUGAACUCUCUUGAAGUCUAUAAUUUUUGUAGCAAAACAUUCCUGUAUUAAAUGAAUACUUAAUGCUGAAUAAUUUCAUAAUAAUCAUGUACUUUUUUUUAUAAAAUGUAAAUUGAAAACUCAAGUCAAAAAUUAUAAAAAGAAUUCUGAUUAAAAAUUUGCAUUUAUUUUUUAAUACUCUUAUGUACUUUGAUAAGCUCUCUUUAUAUUGUUAAUUGCUGAAACAUGGCAUAAUGUAAGACUGUCAGAGACUAUAUAUUUUACUACUAUAAGUAAAAUGUAUAAUUUUUGUCUAUAUUUAACUAUUAAUAAAUUUAUUGUGUAAUGCUCAGUAGUAACGUCAGUUUAACUUUCACUGCAAUGAACCUUGUUCUUUUACUUACACAGGUGAACUUGAGUUUAAAAUGUAGGGUUUAUUUAUAAAUCAUAACAUUUUACUUUCCAGUACUAGCACAGCUUAAGCGGUUCUUUGUUGACUGCUUUUUACAGGGCCUCUUAAAGCACAUACAAUUUAUAUUUCUAUACAUUGAAGUUACAAAUGAAGUUGCCAUCCAUUUUGUUAAAUUUAUAAGAGUACUUUUAACAUUACAUAUUUUAUGUGAUAAAUGUUUAAAGCGCCAUUUUGUUUGCAAAUUUUGGAAAUUUACUUUUAUACUAGGUAUAUGAUUUUAAUUUUUAUAUUUAGUA